AUGCCGCAGCCGAAACACCCACAACGUCAAACUCACCUGCUGCAGCACGAGCUGCUGCAGCAGCACCUGCUGCUGCACGAGUUGCUACAGCAGCAGCUGCUGCUGCAAGAGUUGCUGCAGCACGAGUUGCUGCAGCAGCAGCUGCUGCAGCACGAGUUGCUGCAGCGGGAAAUAAAUGCUGCAGCAAGAGCUGCUGCAACCGGAGGUGCAGCAGAUGCUGCAGCAAGAGCUGCAGCAGCAGCUCUUUUGCUGCUGCUGCAGCAAAUGUUACACCAAAAGCUGCUGCAGCAGGAGCUGCUGCAGCUGAAACGGCUGCAGCAGGAGCUGCUGCAGCAGCUGCUGCUGCAGCAGGAGCUGCUGCAGCAGGAGCUGCUGCAGCAGCAGCAGGAGUGGAAUUAG